AUGACGCAAAUUUUUCUUAGUUCCAUUAGUGCUGCUGAGUCAACGUCUUCAGCGAAAGCCACUGAUGCUAUUACCUUUGAAAAUGUUAGACGUUGGAGCAUUGAACAAGUUUCAUUUUGGUUGCAAGAAAAUAAUUUCAAAGAACAUCAAAAGCUUUUUGCUGAAAAUGACAUUAAUGGUGAUGUACUCUUAGAAAUAGAUCAUCAAGUUCUUCGAGAACUAAAUGUUAAAUCAGUCGGUGAUCGUAUGAGGCUCAUAGCAGCAGUAAGAAAUUUGUUAAAAACGUGUGCUGGAAAUUGUUUAAAUUGCCCUGCAAUUAAAUAUGCUAAGGAUACGAAUUCACCCGAAAUUGAAAAAGUUAAAAAUACUCUUUCAAGGUCAAAUUCGAACUCACGUGUACUCGUAAGAUCUAAUUCAAAUCCACGACUGGCUAUGAGGUCGAAUUCUACGAGUCGCGGAAAUAAGGAUCAUUAUAAACCACCUGCACAUACCAAACAAAAAUCUGUGGAAUUUCCUAUGUCUCUUGAGAGCGUCAUGCAGCGAUGUAUUAAAGUUUAUGGUGAAGAAGGUCAAACACGAACUAUUCCUAUAAUCAAUAUCACUGACGCAAAAUCUAUUUUGGCUCGUAUCUUGCAAAAGUUUAAUAUUAAUGAGGAUACUGAAAAAUAUUCUUUAUUUGCUACGUUAAGCGAUGGUGCAACACGGAGCUUGACUGAUGAGGAAAUUGUCAAUAUUUGUUCAAGCGCUAAUAGACCUGAGCGUGAAAGGCUUAUCUUACGAAAGAAACAUCUACCAAUGAGCCAUGAACAAAAAAAGGAACAAAUGAGAGCAAAAAAAUUAGAAAAUUUCUUUGGUGAACAACCACCAAGUAGUGGUCAGCCAACUGGGAUAGCCGGAAUAACUCAUAGAAAACUAAGAAAUUUCUUUGGUCAACGUCCACCAUCUGAAUUAAUUUCUUCAAAUUUGAUGGACUAUUUUCCUAAUCAUGCCACUGAAGAUCUUGAACGUAGUGCUAGAAAUUCUAUUAGAAAAUCAAGAAGAAUAUCUUCUGCUUCUAGAAUCUCAAGAACUAAAUCUAGACGUAUAUCUAGAACAUUCGAUGAUGUUAAUAAUAGAUUGAGUACUAUAUUGAGUCCUUCAAUUAAUUUAGGUGAUAAUUGUGAAACAACUAUCCCUGAAGAAGAUCUUGAAAAAUUAACUGAAAAAGCUGGUUCUGUGAAAUGGAUGAAAGGUGAUUUAAUAGGAAAAGGUUCCUUUGGUAGUGUAUAUCUUGGACUUGAUUCAGUUACCGGUGUAUUGAUGGCAGUUAAGCAAGUGGAAUUGCCUACUGGAAAUUCUGCAAAUGAAGAGCGUAAAAAAUCUAUGGUGGAUGCUUUACAAAGAGAAAUUGCGCUCUUAAAAGAAUUACAACAUGAAAAUAUCGUUCAAUAUCUUGGUUCUCAACAUGAUGAUGAAACAUUAAAUAUUUUCUUGGAAUAUGUACCUGGAGGUUCCGUUACAACAAUGCUUAAUAGUUAUGGUGCAUUAGAAGAACCUCUAGUUAAAUCAUUUGUAAGACAAAUUUUACAAGGAUUAAAGUAUUUACAUGGAAAGGACAUCAUACAUCGUGAUAUUAAAGGUGCCAAUAUUUUAGUGGAUAAUAAAGGAAGAAUAAAGAUUUCUGAUUUUGGAAUAUCCAAGAAAGUAGAAGAUCAGAUCAGAGCAUCAAUAUCAGUGCAUCGACCAUCAUUGCAAGGAUCUGUCUUUUGGAUGGCUCCUGAAGUUGUAAAACAAACUGCUUAUACAAGUAAAGCUGAUAUAUGGAGUUUAGGAUGUCUUAUUGUUGAAAUGUUUACAGGAACUCAUCCUUUCCCAGAGUUUAAUCAAAUGCAAGCAAUGUUCAAGAUUGGUACUGAAUCAUGUGCACCGGAAAUUCCAGACAAUAUAUCCGAUGAAGCAAAAGAUUUCUUGAAAAAGACAUUUGAGCCAAAUCAUAAUGAUCGACCAACUGCAGAAGUGCUUUCAACUCAUCCAUUUGCAAAUUCUACGGUUAAAUCCAAUUUAGCAAUACCACAAUAA